UUUGUAUUAUCAUUAUCAUUCUUAUCAGUGAGCUAACACAUGCAAUAAGUACAGAAGAAUCACGUAUAUUUCGCAGAAUAAAUUGCUAAUUUAAUAAUAUUUUAAUCAAUUUUGUUCCAAUUUUUUCCGAAUAAUCGGAUGAAUUUUAUCACGUUGCCAAAAUCCCGAAGUGUUUCAUUUGACUGGUUCACUUUGUAUUGUUUCUUUCAACUUUCACUAUAUGAAUGAACUCUGUAGCAAGUUCGUUGUAAGGUCGUUUCAUUACACCACUAUUUGUGCGAUUAAUAUGACGAACAAUCAAUUCUGCCGAAAUGAGUGACGAUGUAAUUGAAAUGAAAUCUAUUUGCGAUGCUCUAAAGUUUUUACGAAUAAUCGAUAAAGAUAAUUGCGUCAACAUGACCAACUUUAUGAAUAAGUAUUUUCACAACGAUAAUCUGAAGAAACAAGCCAUGAACAAGUGGAACCUAGCGAAACUCCUCAGCAAUUUCGGCGAGAAUUCCAGCUAUUCUUUCAUCGUCCUGAAUACACCUAUUUUAAAUCCUGAUGUAGUACUACCACUGUGGAACGGCGCAUCGUUCAAAAUGGUAGUAGAUGGCGGAGGAAAUCAUUUAUAUUCUUUAAUUCAGCAACGAAAGGACCAAGAUGUAGAAAAUUUCGCUAUUCCAAAUGUCAUUUCGGGAGAUUUUGAUUCGGUGAAACCGAGUGUUUUGGAAUUUUAUAGAAAAAAUGAUACGAUUCUCGUUCACACACCUGACCAAAAUAAAACCGAUUUUUUCAAAGCUUUGGAAGUCUUGGUAUCUACUACAAAAAGCAACACGGUGAUCGUAUUUUGUGAUAAUGUUGGUAGAUUCGAUCACAUGAUGGCAAAUAUAAAUGUUUUAUUCAAAGCGCAACAAGAUGUCCGAAUGGAACACUUGAAAAUUCUGAUUUUGAGCCAUAAAAGCAUAACGUGGUUACUAAAACCUGGAGAACAUGUGAUCUAUGUACCAGAAGAAUUAUGGAGUGAGAAAGCUUACUGUAGUCUUAUUCCAAUCGGCCGUCCUUGCCAUCAUGUGACCACAUCUGGCUUGAAAUGGAACCUGACUGACGGAGUUUUGGAGUUUGGUGGUAUGGUCAGCACCAGUAAUACAUUCGAUACCACUUCGACGGAAAAUAUGGUGUUUGUUAGUACCGAUGAAAGUGUAUUAUGGUCAAUGACACUGUGAGCUAUACGUUUACCCAGUUGAUGAUAAUGUUACCCAAGACGUUAUGCUGCCUGUGAUAUUUGAUUAGCGCAAUUUUAUAUAAAUGGAUUUUCUCCAAGAAAAGCAGUUCCAUGUGUGUUUUACUAGUUGUUGGUUUUUAAAACGAUAAUAGCGUAAUAUAAAACAAAUUUUAAAGUUAUUUUAAUUGUAGAUUGUCGUGCAAUAAGAACUGUGCCUAACCAGAUUAGGUUGUAAAAUUGUCUUCAAUAGUUCCUGAUAAUAUUGUUAAGUUGUGAGUUUGUUGAAUUUUUGUAGUAUUUAUUGUCUUCUGAACGCAGGAAAUAAAAUAUCGUUGUUGAAAAUGACCUUAA